CAGCACUGUAUUUAAAAGGGACGUUAUAUCAUCAUAAGUCAAAUAAACCAUACAAAUGUUUUAUAAUACAAAGAAAUUGUAAUGUUAGCGGCUUUUUUGUACUACAAAAUAGGCAGUGUAGCAGAACUACAAAAGUAUUUUAAUUGGUAAAGAAAAGCAAGAAAGAAAUAACUCAUACUAUUGGCUUAUUCACUACCUGCAUUAUACUAUCAUUAGCUAGUUUUCUGAAGUAGCCAAUCCAAGAAAAGCAUGCUGCCUAAUGUCAACAGUAGCUGUUGUAAUCGCCCGAUAUACGCGAAUCGCAUAAUUUCAUCCGGAAUAACGUUUACCAAUGAGAAUGUGGCAAGUUGGCGCCAGCUUUGACAACGGGCUAGAUGUUAUAGUCUGUUUAAAUAGUACGUGAAGUGUAUUUCUAGUACAGGGUAUGUUCUAAAUUUGUUGUAUAGUUUUAGUUGUUUGUUAGUAGGGUUCAGUCUGUUGUUAACUUAUCUCCUCUGAGAUGUUCGUGUCAGAUUUUCGGAAGGAGUUUUAUGAUGUGAUUCUAAAUCAGAGAGUUUUGCUACUAGUUUCUUUCGAUGUAGAUGCUCUUUGUGCUUGUAAAAUACUUCAGGCCCUGUUUCAAUGUGACCAUGUGCAGUAUACCCUUGUUCCUGUUGCAGGCUGGCAAGAUCUAGAAACUGCUUUUCUAGAGCAUAAGGAACAGUUUCGUUAUUUUGUCCUGCUUAACUGUGGAGCAAACAUUGAUCUGUUGGAGACUCUGCAGCCAGAGGAAGACAGUGUAUUCUUUAUUUGUGACACACACAGGCCUAUUGAUGUAGUUAAUGUCUACAAUGACACACAGGUCAAGCUGCUGAUAAAACAGGAUGAUGAUCUAGGGAUCCCUGCAUAUGACGACAUAUUUAGAGAUGAUGAAGAGGAUGAGGAGGACGACUCUGGAAAUGAAAGUGAAGAUGGUGGAGAACCUACUGGAAAACGUAAACGAUUUGAUGAGGAUGCUGUUGAAAGAAGGAUACAGAGAAGGCGGGAAAGAAGAGAGUGGGAAGCACACAGGCGAGAGAUUCUCUUUGAUUACGAGCAAUAUGAAUACCAUGGCACAUCUUCUGCUAUGUUGAUGUUUGAAUUGGCCUGGAUCAUGUCCAAAGAUUCCAAUGAUAUGCUAUGGUGGGGAAUUGUCGGGCUGACUGAUCAGUGGGUACAGGAUAAAAUUACUCACAUGAAAUAUGUGACUGAUGUUGGCAGCCUGCAGCGUCAUGUGUCCCGGCAUAACCACCGCAAUGAAGAUGAAGAGAACACCCUGUCCAUAGACUGUGUGAGGAUUUCUUUUGAAUAUGAGGCACCCCUGACGUGAAGCUGUUUUCCAAGCCAAUGGCCUUGAGCCUUUUGAGCAGGCACCUGUUGAAAUCUUUUAUUCACUCUACAAAGAACAAGAGGUGCCGGUUGCUACCACUGGUGAUGGCUGCGCCUUUGGACAUUGAGAAAGGAACAGUAAUCAUGAUGGGAAUCCCCCCAAAUGCUGAAAGCUCAGACAAGAAGAACUUCUUUGGAAGAGCCUUUGAAAAAGCAGCAGAAAGCACUAGCUCCAGAACUUUACACGACCAUUUUGACAUGUCUAUAAUUGAAUUGAAAACAGAGGACAGAAGCAAAUUUUUAGAUGCACUAAUUUCUCUGUUGUCUUAAAGGUAAGCCAGGAGGAUUUGUCUAACCCUGGACUGUGCUCUACUUUCAUCUGUAUAUUGUGUUGUGGUUUUAAUUGUUGUAUGUAUGCUAUUGUUAAGUGUGAAUGUUAUAUAUGUGUAAAUUAUAUAUGUGAUUUUUUAACAAACAGUAAAAAAUCUCAGAUUUUACUGUCAAAUUGUAAAAUAAAAAUAUUUACUAUUCA